GCUUAGACGUGCAGGGGGAGGGGCUCGGAGUAGAGGCUACUCCUUCACAUCUAAAGAAACCAGCUGAGGUGGUUCCACAUCUGAUCAGGAUCCUGGACACCCCCCUUUAGAGGAGCCCGGGGGAACAGAAAACAAUGGAUGGAUGUAAAUCAGCUGUUCAGUUCAGCAGGAGACUGAGACACCCUGCCACUAAAGUCUGAUUAAAUGUACUUCAGUCCGUCCUCCAACAUUUAUUUUGAAGGUCAAAAACACCGCUGAACCGGAAGUGGAUAUUGGACUCUAUAUUUUAACAAAAUGGCGACGCGGUGGGAGAGGUUGUCAUCUGAGUCUCGUGUUUGUGUUGACAUUGGAUCAUCAGCAUUAAUAAUGACCCUCCAGAGCCUCCGUAUGUGGAAAUAAACCUGUGAAUGGACAUUUUCUGUUUUUAUUGUCUCUUCUCUGAAGACUACAGAGCUGCUCCAGUUAGCUUAGCAUGCUAGCUGGAGAGCAUGCUAGCUGUCAGCCACAGAGACAGUUUGAAGGACCGGAAGUCAACAUGUCUAAAAGUCAAAGUGUGAGAGGUUGGAUUGAGCACAGACUGAGUGUCGCUGCUCAAGACAUUUUUAUUCUGUUUGAAAGAAUGACGUCAGAGCACGAGGAGCAGCUCAGUCGAUCCAGAGAGGAGAGCGCGAGACACCGGAAGCUGCUGGACGCUGUUCUGAGUCCUGAAGUCCUCUUACACCGAGCAGACGCAGAGGUUUCCCCGGUCGAGCAGCAGGAGGGGAGCUCCAGUCUGGACCAGGAGGACUCUGAGACUGUGCACAUUAAAGAGGAACAGGAGGAACUGUGGAGCAGUCAGGAGGGACUGGACGAGGCUGAUAUCAAGUUCCCCUUCACUCCUGUCUCUGUGAAGAGUGAAGAUGAUGAAGAGAAACCUCAGUCCUCACAGCUUCAUCACAGACACACUGAAGAGAUGGAAACAGGAGCUGAUGGAGAGGACUGUGGAGGAGCAGAACCAGAGAGGGACUCAGAUCCAGAGAGACCUUUACAAGAAGCUGGGGUCAGGACUGAAGACUCCUCUGAACCAGAGACUGAAGACACCUUGUGGAAGGAGAGCAGAGAACAUCAGCCGGGUUUCAACUUGAAGAAGAUCAAUGAAGUUACAGUUAGUCGGAGGACUGGUGAGAAACCUUUCAUUUGCUCUGUGUGCGGGAAAAGACUGGGUUACAGUGGACAUCUAAAGACUCAUAUGAGGACUCACACAGGAGAGAAACCAUUCAGUUGUUCUGUUUGUGGUAAAAGGUUCACACAGAAGUGCAGUCUGACACAACACAUGGUCCUGCACACAGGGGAGAAACCCUUCAGCUGCUCUGUGUGUGACCAAAGAUUCUCCUGGCGAUCACAGAUCAGAAGACACGAGUGUGUUGGACGUCAGGCUUCAGAGCUGCAGCCAAUCCAGACCGAGGAGAAAAGAGAGGACUGUGGAAGACCAGAACCAGCAUGGACCUCAGAUCCAGAGAGACAUUUACAACCAGAGAUUGAGGUUAAGAUUGAAGACUUUUCUGAACCUGAGGCUGCCGACAGAGUUGAAGACUGGAUGGAGAGCAGAGGUCAUGAGUCAGGUUUAAACUCUCUCAUUAAUCAUGAUGUGUCAGUAAGUUACAGGGCACAUGAUGACACUAAACCCUUCAGCUGCUCUCAGUGUGAGAAAAGCUUUACACGCCAGAGAAAUUUGAUGAAACACAUGAGGUCCCACACUGGAGAGAAACCGUUCCACUGCUCGGUUUGUAGUAAAAGAUUCUCUCACAAGGAAACCUUGGUUCGUCACAAGAAGUUUCAUUCAGGAGAAAAACCGUUCAGCUGCUCCGUCUGCAGCAAAGACUUCUCUCGUAAGGAGAACUUUGCUCGUCACAUGAGAUUCCACUCAGGAGAGAAACCGUUCAGCUGCUCCUUUUGUAGCAAACUGUUCACGCGGAGAGACCACGCCAUGACACACAUGAGAACCCACACAGGAGAGAAACCAUUCAGCUGCUCUGAGUGCGGUAAAAGAAUGGGCUGCAGAACAAGUCUGAGGGUGCACAUGAGGACUCAUACUGGAGAGAGACCGUUCAGCUGCUCCUGCUGUGGUAAAAGAUUCACACAGAGGAGCAGUCUGAGAGAACACAUGGCCCUGCACACAGGAACGAGGUCCUUCCACUGCUCUGAGUGCGGGAAGACAGUGGGCUGUAAGUCGAGUCUAAAGGUACACAUGAGGACGCACGCUGGAGAGAAACCGUUCAACUGCUCAGUGUGUGGGAAAGGUUUUAUACAAAAGGCCAAUUUAACAGAGCACAUGGCCUCGCACAAUGAAGUGAAACCAUUCAGCUACACCUGGCCGUCAGAAACCAGAGGUCAUCGGUGUGUUUCAGACGCCAGCGGUUCAAGUUCAGGUGAAACAUUCAGCGUUGAUCUGACUCAGGAGCAGCCGGGUGUUGAAAUGAAUCUGUUUGAAACUGAAACAUGUCAGAAUGUUUCCACAACCAUCAACUGAAACAUUUCAUCUCUGUUCAAGUUGAACCCUCUCAAGUUUCAAAAUCAAAGCAAAUGUUCUGGAUGUUCUUUAUAGAUAGUUAUGAAACUGUGAUGUCAGACUUGACUAAGUCGACACAAAAUGGGAAAAUCAGUUUUCUUCUCCUUGGAAAGAGACUUUGAGAUGUACACUCUUUACUUUGUGUGCUCUCUACAAUGUUUGAAAUUUGCAGUACUAACCGCAGUACU